AUGAGCGCACAGAGGAGUGUUUUGGCUGCGGAAAACCGCUUUUUCUCGAGGAGUGCCUUCCAACAUCAACAGCAUGCCUCUGCAGCGCCCUUUAAUUCACCGCAAUCUCAACAUCGCAAUACGUCAACCAUUCACAAAUUGACAACGAAGGAACCUAGGUAUUACACUCUUAGUCUCAUUCUCGGCACUGUUGCACUUGCUUAUGGUUCAGUGCCGCUGUACAAAAUGAUCUGUACUCAAACCGGUUGGGGUGGUCAGCCUAUUCUAACUCAUCGCACUGGUGACGGCGAUACGGCAUCCCGUGUAACGCCAGUUACCGACUCUCGACGCCUCCGAAUCACCUUCAACGGGUCCGUAUCUGACGUGCUCCCUUGGAAGUUCACACCGCAACAACGAGAAGUCCGAGUGCUGCCUGGGGAGACAGCUCUCGCUUUUUACACUGCGACCAAUAAGGGUCCUCAAGAUAUCAUCGGAAUCGCAACAUACAGUGUGACACCAGGCCAGGUGGCUCCAUAUUUCAGCAAGAUCCAGUGUUUCUGUUUUGAAGAGCAGAAGUUGAAUGCCGGGGAAUCGGUAGACAUGCCUGUGUUCUUCUACAUCGACCCCGAUUUCGCGACGGAUCCCAACAUGAAGGGAAUUGAUACAAUUACCUUAUCGUAUACUUUUUCAGAUGAGAGGCUCUACGCUGACUGCUUACAGAAGCGAAAUAUGACGACAAUGGGGUUUUGA